GAUAGAAAGAAACAAAGAGGAUGAAAAUAAAGGCGCUUUUGCGCAGGCACCAUAUAUGGCAUCGAUGGAACUGAACUCUACCGGAUUAGAUAAGUAAUUUUUGGUGUUCAUUUUGACCAAUCUCAUAAGCUGAUCUAUCUCCUUUUCCUUUGCAUGGAACGUGGUUUACUGCUCAUAUGGCCAUUUCUACAGUGUAUCUGGGAGGAUAUGACAAGGAAGAUAAGGCCGCAAGAGCUUAUGAUUUGGCUGCUCUGAAGUACUGGGGUCCAACUGCUACCACCAACUUUCCUGUUUCGACUUACACAAAGGAAUUGGAGGAGAUGAAACAUGUAACGAAGCAAGAAUUCAUUGCUUCACUGCGCAGGAAAAGUAGCGGUUUUUCUAGAGGAGCUUCUAUAUACAGAGGCGUAACAAGGCAUCAUCAGCAGGGUCGAUGGCAAGCAAGAAUCGGUCGUGUCGCGGGGAACAAAGAUCUAUACCUUGGAACAUUUGCUACUGAGGAAGAAGCAGCUGAGGCAUACGAUAUUGCAGCCAUUAAAUUCAGAGGUGCAGGUGCUGUGACGAACUUUGAGAUGAACAGAUACGAUGUGGAAGCUAUUAUGAAGAGUACUCUUCCUGUUGGUGGAUCAGCCAAACGUGCAAAACACUCCCCAGAAUCAGAAGACAAUGUUCUUCCUAGCAAUAACCUCCAUAACCUGCAACCUCAAUAUCCAAACGCGAUCAAUACCAACGGUGGAACUAUCAGUUUCACUCCCAUUCAACCUGCACUUGCUUCUAUCCCCUGUGGCAUUCCCUAUGAUUCCGCUGCAGCACAUUACCACCACAACAAUCUCUUGCACCAUUUUUAUCCUCCUAGCAGUUCUGGAACCGUCGAUUCUGCUGUAUCCGCAGCUGCGGCUGUUGUGGCUCCGAUGACUUCGAUGCCGGCUGCUGCUGAGUUUUUCCUGUGGCCUCAUCAGCCUUGUUGAUCGCCUGAUAUAGUCAAGUAGUUAUCUCUUCUUCUAACAUAUCAUUAGUUAUAAUAGGGUUUAUCUCUCACAGUUCAGCUGACUCCCCAUCGAAUAUACCUUAACUGGGAAGAAAGAAAACUAAGGUAGGUUUUGGUUGGUGCUGGUAAAUGCUAGAGUUUCAGUUUACAGGUUAGAAGCUGGAUCAUGUAAGUGACUUUUGAAAGAUAAAUUGAGUAGGGCAGGAAUUUAUAAAUGCUUUUUUCACCUUA